GACUCCAGUCACGGCCUAGACGCAUCGGGAUCAACGUUAACUUCCGCUAAUCGGCAAUGACUUGUUUCAGGGAAAACAUGUUUAGGAUGCAAGGCAAAACCAAAGAGUAAUCAUUAGAAAACAAAGAAGGCAAAAACGUUGUGGCACCGUAAAGGCUCAUUACAAUAUGUUAAUAAUGCGCUUUCGUGGGCGUGUCCACUUCCUCAGACAUAAGAGUAGGACUGCAUGGCAACAUAGCUGAAAUACAGAAGGAUGUGGAGUACCGAUUGCCAUUCACUGUAAAUACUCUGACAAUUAAUAUUAACAUCUUGCUUCCUCCUCAGUUUCCUCAGGAAAAACCAAUCAUCAGUAUUUUCCCACCAAUACGACAUCAUUUAAUGGAUAAACAAGGAGUGUACGUCACCUGUCCUUUAAUAAACAAUUUCACAAUGCACUCAGACCUUGGAAAAAUUGUUCAAAGUAUACUUGAUGAGUUUUGGAAGAAUCCUCCAGUUUUGGCUCCCAGCUCAACAUCAUUUCCAUACCUUUACAGCAAACCAGCUGGAAUUCCUUCAUAUGCUCAGAACUUUCCAUUUCUUUCUUCGUAUCUGCCACAAGAAACAAAUAGGUCGGUAGCAUCUGUGCCACAUGCAGAAUCACUUUCUUCAACUUACAUGACAGAUAGGCCUGCUGCUCCGUCAUUUGGCAUGAUAACAGAUCUGCCACUGCCAGUUCCAACAGCAGAAACAUUUUCACAGGGGAGUCAAAAUGGAUUCAGUUACAGAAUGCCUGAUGUUCCUGAUGCAUUUCCAGAACUAUCAGAACUCAGCAUAUCUCAGUUGACAGACAUGAAUGAGCAAGAAGACAUGUUGCUGGAACAGUUUGUAAAUCUACCCCAGUUGAAGCAAGUCAUUAAUGAUAAGGAUGACUUGGUGAAAAGUAUUGAAGAGCUAGCAAAAAAAAAUUUAUUACUGGAACCGAGCUUGGAGGCAAAACGUCAAGCAGUAUUGGAUAAAUAUGAACAGCUUAUCCAGUUGAAGGCCAUGUUUGAAAAGAAGAUGCAAAGACAGCAUGAACUGAGUGAGAGUUGUAGUGCAAGCGCUCUGCAAGCAAGACUGAAAGUAGCUGCUCAUGAAGCUGAAGAAGAGUCUGAUACUAUUGCAGAAGACUUUCUGGAAGGGAAGACUGAAAUAGAUGACUUUCUUAGCAGCUUCAUGGAGAAAAGAACAAUUUGCCACUGUAGAAGAGCCAAAGAAGAGAAGCUUCAGCAGGCAAUAGCAAUGCGCAGCCAGUUUCAUGCUCCAUUAUAGAUUUUUCCAGCUAAUUAGAAAUUCUAAGGCGAAUGACUGAAUUCCACAAAGCACAUGUUCAUAGAUCUAUUAUUUUGCAAAUAAGCGUUUCAUUAUGGUUGUAUUUGUAGAAAAACUGUAUACAGUGCAGAGAUGGAUUUUUUUGUAUAAAUUAGUAUGUCUUUAUAUCCUAAUUUUAUCCCCCAUCCUUCUACUGCAAUUUUUGCACUAAAAUUUCUGUCUUUAUUACUGAUAAUCCUUACCAUGUUCUAAGUUCCUGCUGCUGUCUCCACUUUCCUUAUAUAUUAAAUAUUUGAACAUGUAAUUUUGACUAGAUUUUUAAAUUUUAUAUAACAUAAUUCAGAAAUUUUGUAUCAAACAUUGACUGGUUCAGUUUGGGGUGUGUGUAAAAAUACUUAUUUACAAGUAAGUUGUAAGGUGAGAUGCAUCUGCUCAGCCCUCUCCUGUUCAAUUUAUUGAUUUCCAGUUUUCUACCAUUUUUAUUUAUGCUAACAAAACAGUAUACUUUGUUAAUACAGAAACCAAGUAUUAGUCACUGUGAAACUGAAAAGAUAGGAGGGUGUCCGUGCUGCAUUACAGUCCCCUGCAAAGAAGGGAGUCGUUUGCCUACAUCUGAAAUUUGAUGUUUCUUAUGAGAGAGGACUCCGAUACCAAAACCUGUAUGGUCUGUCCUCAAGAUCACUCUUUGGGGGAAGAUACACACACCUUGCCAUAGAAAAAUGCAUAGGCAGAUGGAGGAAUUGUUUCUAUCAUACUAAAUUCUUGCUUUUUUCCUUCUACUAUUGGAAACAAAUAAAGGUAUGUUCCACACAAGAAGGGCAAGAAGCAGAAGGAUGCAGGACAUAGUGGGGUAUGGGUAGAUCUUUGAGGAUCUCAUUAUUUUUACUUUUUUUUUUAUUUAGAUCACUUUCUUUCCUCCAUGACAUAUUGUGCUGGGCUUUGUAUAUUAAUGCCUUUGAAUCACAGAAAGACAAAGGAGUUUUGCAUAGAUAGAAAAAUGGGGUGUGGGAAGAUUGGGUAAAGCAGAAGUAAUCUCUUCUGUCUAAUUCUCUGAGUUGGAAAUUAAUAAGCUAGGCAAGUUCAUCCAUUUGUUCUGUGUUGAAUUGGUAGAAUAAGGGGAAAUGACAUAGAUUUUCUUCGUGGUCUAUGUACAUCACAUAUAUAGGCCAUCUUCAGAACUGAAAUUGUUCAGUAGUUUAAAACCAAAGAAUAUUGCUUUUCUUUCAGACUUCUUAUGAUUAUUAUAGCUUAUUGUGUCAUCAUUCUGUUAAGGAACUCAAAAACUACAUAGGUCUUAUAUCUUUGAACCCCAUUUUUCCCAUGUAGAUAAAUCUGUAAAUGGCAGUGUAGUAGACAAACAGCUCUAAGUGUAUACAUUUAUUAUUUUCCUUCUUAACAGAACUCAUUACUUUGUUAUAGAAUAAAAGUUUCCUUCUUGAUUGGCUGCAGGGGAAAUUCAAAAUGCUUUUGUAUUAUUACUUACACAUACAAAGUUAAACUUCAGAUUCUUCUAGAAAAAUAGCUACAGAGUCAGUUUUCCAAAACUUUAGGCUCUUUUCUUGAUGGCACUGAGUUUUGAACUGGAAAUAAAUAAGUCUGUUGGAACAAA